AUGGUGGACUUUGGACUCUUCUCCGGCGCCAUUCAACUGGCCCUCGUCAUCAACGAGAUGGCAAGGGCCGCCCAGGCAAACAAGGUCAGCUGUCAUGCCAUGGACCACCGGAUCCAGAUCGCAAACGAGAUCAUAAAGGCCGCCUUCGAGCAAUACAAGGUCAACCCAAAGUCCAUCGUUAUAUCAGAAAGUGCUUUUAAGAUGUACUUUCAGCUGCUGGAGCGGAUGAGGGACUUUGUGGCCGAGAUCAGCAAACGAAAGACAUUCUCAAAGCUGUUCUACGCUCUGAGGUUUCGCGAUGAAUUCGACGCGCUGCUACGGGAUUUUGACAGUUGUGUUUUGGAUCUGAAUCUCGGCAUCGCAUUGAGGACACAAUCUCAGCUCGAGACGGACAGGAAUGCGCUCGAGGAAGAUAUGGUCGAGCUGCGUGCUUUUAGGAAGGAGCUUCAGAGCGGCGUCGAAUGUCUCGGCGGUCAGCUUAUGGGCAUCCGUCAAAUGAUUGCCCAGAACCGCCCUAUGGACGACAUCCUGGCCCAAGUCGAGAUUGACUAUCGGCAGAUUGUUGACAUAACUCCAGGGGAGACUCGCAAAGGAAGGACCUUCCCUGUGCACAAGCGCUCAUGGUUAGCCCAGGAGGUCGCAGAAAAGCCUCUAGGCUUCUUUGGAUCGCAGGAUAUGCUGGACAUGCUGAAGAACGAAAUCGCCAUCCUGAAGAAGCUGGACCGCUGUAAUUACAUCACCAAGUUCAUGGGCGUUACUAACAGGAACAACCAGAUCAGCAUCAUCAUGGAGUGGCUGCCUGGAGGCGAUCUUGCAACCGCUUUGUCGAAGGGCGACAUGGACUGGGAGCAGAAGCUGUUCGUCGCGGCAGACAUUGCUCGAGGACUUCAAUUCCUGCACGAGGUUGGAAUCAUCCAUAAGACCUUACGGGCGAAAAACAUUCUGUUGACGAGACAUGGUCAAGCAAAGAUUACCAACUUUCGCCAGAGUCGAUUAGAGUCAGCACAGACCCGACCUAUGUCAGACCCCUUCAGUUUCGUUCGCUGGCUGGCACCCGAGAAGAUGACACAUAAGGAUGUUCGAUAUGGGGCAGAGUGCGACAUUUACAGUUUCGGUAUGCUUCUUUUCGAAAUCGCAUCCAACAAGAUCCCGUAUAUCGACUACACGGAUCGGCAGCUGCCAGAACUUAUUGUCCUUAAACCUCUAUAUGAGACUGUGCCCGAGAGAACACCCCUGGAGUUUGCCAAUAUCAUGACUGCCUGCUGGUCUCAUGAUCCUCGUCUGCGACCUACGGUCUCGCAGGUGCUGCUUAUUCUCAGGGAUGCCUGCGUCAAGUUUACGAACGGGCAGGAAAAGUUUGGAGGACUUCCGACGAGCAUGAAGGAUCCUGCGCCAUUGUUUGCCAUGUCGCCACCCUCGCCCAUGAUGAGCCAGGUCUACCCAAUAUCGCCGCCUAUGACCCCCAUCACCCCAAAGACGGGGCUGCUGACGCCUGAAGUCUGGAACAACCCCUAUGUCAACAAGCAAUAUGUCGAAGAAUCCAUGGAGGAGAUGCGACAAGCCCAGCAACGACAGGCACUGGGUCAAGGGCAAGCACAGGUACAAGGACAUGCUCACGCACAGCAGCCUUUGCAGUCGCAACCAUUACAGUCCCAGCCCCUGCAAUCACAGCAACCACAGCUUCAACAACAACAGCGACAGCAGCAGGUGCAUCAUCAACACCAAUCACCAAGGCUUCAGCAGCAGCACAUCCAGCAGCAGUCGCCACGCCCUCAAAUGCAAUCAUUCCCAUCUCAUUCUCAACUACCGCAGGUACAUCAGACGCCGGCGCCGAAGCAAGAGUACGCCGGAUCAGACCUAGUUGAUUCCAAUGGCCUUUCACGCACGGCGAGACCACAACUUGUGUCAUUCUCUUCUGCACCUACGCAAGGCUCGACUCGUACACCCAUUGCUGUUACCUUUCCGAGUGAUACUCAGGUCAUAUCGCAGAUGCAAGCCAAUGCGUCUGCAUCUCCGGUGGCUUCGAGACCAACAGAUUCCCCUCCGCUUGUCAACAGAAACACGCGUCCAUCAGGGAUCAAGCCCAAGAAGAUUUCGAAAUCGCUAGAGGAACAGAUGAGCCGCCUUUCACUCCAAGGUGAUGGCAAGCUGGGCAGUCCGGCGUUAACAGAGCAAAACACCGGGGUUUCGCCUCAAUCUUCUAUCAAGCGCACUGAGAGCAACAACAAUAUGUUUAACAGCGGUGGCAGUAGCGACGGUAGCAUAUCGUCUGGACAAACCAUCAAGGAAUCCAUCCGUCCCCGGUCAACGAGUCUUGCUACUGGAACACCGAUCAACACUCUGCCGCAGGCUCUGCUCCUCCACGAGGGACAGGAGCGAGACAAGGCAUGGAAGAUCUUUAAGGUCUACAGCGACCAGGGAAAUCCAGAGGGCAUGUACUGGACUGGCUACUAUCUGUUCCAUGGCGAGGGAGGUCAGGUCCAGAACCGACAGGCGGCGUUUGAACUUUUCCGCGCAGUUACAUUCAUGGAGCUGGCGCCGGAACUGCAACGCUUAGCAUCGAAUGCACACUUCUACACUGCCGUCUGCUAUUUAGAAGGACAAGGAGUGGAACGAAACCAUGUUACAGGAUUCGGUCAUAUGGAAAUGGCAGCGAAUUCUGGUAAUGCGUUUGCACAGUACCUAGUUGGAGAUGCAUACCAUAAAGGAAGCGCAGUAGUGCAGGCCAAUGUGCAGAAGCGGAACCAUUACUGGCAACUGGCAGCACGGCAGAAGGAGCAACGAGCGGUUGAGCAAUGCAAACGCUAUGGCAUUCCCAUCUGA